ACGGGUCAAUCAAGGCCACCAGCCCAUUCCAUUCACACAGCAUCAGCUACAACCCUGCCAUGUUUGGUCUUGUCCGCCGACUCGGGGUCGGCGCCCUUGUCGCCGCAGCCCUUUCCUCCCUCGCUGCCGCCGCGCCAGCCAACGUCGCCAUCCGCUCCCUCGAGGAACGGGCUAGCAGCGCAGAUAGACUUGUGUUUUGCCACUUUAUGAUUGGGAUAUGUGGUGAUCGCACCUCCAGUACCGAUUAUGAUGAUGAUAUGCAGCGAGCCAAGGCCGCGGGCAUUGACGCCUUUGCCCUUAACAUUGGUGUCGACGGAUACACGGACCAGCAGCUCAACUUUGCCUACGACGCCGCUGAUCGCGCCGGGAUGAAGGUGUUCAUCUCCUUUGACUUCAACUGGUGGAGCCCCGGCAACGCGGCAGGCGUCGGCCAGAAGAUUGCCCAAUAUGCGUCGCGGCCCGCACAGCUCUACGUCGACAACCGUCCCUUUGCAUCGUCGUUUGCCGGUGACGGCCUUGACGUGAAUACGCUGCGGAAUGCGGCCGGCAGCAACGUGUACUUUGUGCCCAACUUCCACCCCGGGCAGUCGUCGCCGUCCACCAUCGACGGGGCUCUGAACUGGAUGGCCUGGGACAACGACGGCAACAACAAGGCCCCCAAGCCCGGCCAAAACGUCACAGUCGCCGACGGCGACAACUCCUACCGCAGCUGGCUCGCCGGCAAGCCCUACCUCGCCCCCGUCUCGCCCUGGUUCUUCACCCACUUCGGCCCAGAGGUAUCGUACAGUAAGAACUGGGUCUUCCCUGGCGGCUCCCUGUGGUACGACCGCUGGCAGGACGUGCUGCGCCAGGGCUUCGAGAUGGUCGAAAUCGUCACCUGGAACGAUUACGGUGAGAGCCACUACACGGGGCCCCUGGAAAGUCGACACUAUGACGACGGAAACUCGAAAUGGACCAACGACAUGCCGCACGACGGCUUCCUGGACCUGGCGAAGCCAUUCAUUGCCGCGUACAAGAACCGCGACACGGACGUGGCGCCCUACAUCCAGAAUGAGCAGCUGAUCUACUGGUAUCGGCGGAAUCUCAAGGGGCUGGACUGCGACGCGACCGACACGACGUCGAACCGCCCGGCGAACAACGGCAGCGGCAACUACUUCAUGGGUCGGCCCGACGGGUGGCAGACGAUGGACGACACGGUGUAUGUGGUGGCGCUGCUCAAGAGCGCGGGCACGGUGACGGUGACGUCGGGCGGCGCCACGCAGACGUUCCAGGGCACCGCCGGCGCCAACCUGUUCGAGGUCCCAGCCAACCUUGGGCAGCAGAAGUUUGCCCUGUCCCGCAACGGGCAGACCGUCUUCAGCAGCACGUCGCUGAUGGAUAUCACCAAUGUGUGCCCGUGCGGCAUCUACAACUUCAACCCGUAUGUCGGGACUGUGCCCGCUGGCUUUGACGACCCGCUCGGGCCCGAUGGCCUUGCUUCUUUGACAAUCGGACUGCACGUCACGACUUGUCAGGCCAAGCCGUCGCUGGGGACCAACCCGCCCAUCACUUCCGGCCCCGGCUCCUCGGUGCCCGUUUCCACUCCGCCCGGUUCCACGACCCGCUUCUCGUCAACGCCGGUUUCAUCUCGCUCCAGCUCGUCCACGCCGCCGGUUAGCACGCCGCCGCCUGGCCAAGUCUGUGUCGCCGGUACGGUGGCUGACGGCCAGUCCGGCAACUAUAUUGGCCUCUGCAACUUCAGCUGCAACUUCGGGUACUGUCCCCCCGGACCCUGCAAGUGCACUGCCUACGGCGCUCCGAUCAACCCACCAGCAACGAAUGGGCGAAAUGGGUGCCCCUUGCCUGGAGAAGACGAUAGUUAUCUGGGCCUCUGCAGCUUCAGCUGCAACCACAAUUACUGUCCGCCAACAGCAUGCCAGUACUGCUGAAGGCAGUUUUCUCAGACCACUGCUGAAGUUUUCACCCAGGCGACGUAUUUGGGUAGGGGAGAAUAGGGGGAACUCGAUGGGCGGGAUGCAGUCACCACAUAUUGUCAAUACCGACUGUACAUAGGUAGUCAUGCCGACUGGUCACUAGUACAUGCGAUGGAUUUA